AUGGCCGACGAGGGACUUGCAGAGCACUACCAAGUGUUGGAGGAGCUGGGUCGGGGAAGCUUUGGUGUCGUUUACAAAGGCAUCGAGAAAGCAACAGGCGAAACUAUUGACCUCGAGUCCAACGAUGAUGAUAUCCAAGACAUCCAAGCUGAGAUCGCUGUGCUGAGCACAUGCGCCAGUGCCUAUGUUACGCAAUACAAGGGUUGCUUUCUGCGAGGGCACAAAUUGUGGAUUGUCAUGGAAUAUCUUGGUGGCGGAUCUUGCUUGGACUUGCUCAAACCUGCCAAUUUCAGCGAAACACACAUUGCCAUCAUCUGUCGAGAGCUGCUACUAGGGAUUCGGUAUCUGCACGAUGAGGGAAAGAUUCAUAGAGAUAUCAAGGCAGCCAACGUCCUUCUCUCUGAGAGCGGCAAGGUCAAGCUGGCCGAUUUUGGUGUUGCCGCGCAACUCACCAAUAUCAAGUCACAACGCAACACCUUCGUCGGCACGCCGUUCUGGAUGGCGCCAGAGGUUAUUCAACAAGAUGGUUACAGCUUUAAGGCAGACAUUUGGUCUCUUGGCAUCACAGCGAUGGAGAUGGCCAACGGCGAGCCCCCAUUGUGCCACAUUCACCCCAUGAAGGUUCUCUUUCACAUCCCCAAGAAUGCGCCUCCCAAGCUUGAGGGAAACUUUAGCAGGGACUUCAAAGACUUCGUCGCCCAGUGCCUGACCAAGGACUACGAUCGCCGACCCACAGCCCGGGAACUCCUCCGUCACCGAUUCAUCAGGGCGGCAGGCAAAAUUGAGGCCCUCCAAGAAUUAGUUGCCGCGCGCCAAAUGUGGGACGCCAAUCAAAACCGCCAAAAGCACCCGAUUUACUAUCAGGAGACGUUACAGACAAUGUCGCCCAAGUGCGGAGAUCAAGAGUGGACCUUUGACACAGUCAAGUCCAUUGCCAUGGUUCCUCCCAAGAGACAGACCAUCAAGAUCAGGCGACCGUCUGCCAUGCUCGGCGCUGAAGAGGGUUUUCGCAAGUUGGAUCUCAACGAUGGGCCUCUUGGGCCUUCUUCACCAGCGAAUGGCACCGUCAGAAAGGCGACUGCUCGACGAACACCAUCUUUGGCACAAGUCUCGGCAAUGCACUCUGGUGGCUCUGUGAAGACCAGCUUGCCUCCCAAGAAGCCUCUCCAACCAGACAUGUCAUUUGGGAACUCUGGUUCAACUAUGAGACUGUUCCGACGCGUUCCCUCAGACAGCUCCACUGGAGGCCAGCUUGGUCGCCCUGCCAGCCCGGACGAUGUUUUCUGCGAUGAAAACCAAUCACCAUCGGCCGCUGCGCCUGUUGUGCCGUUUGGCAAGGAGGCCGUUAUUGGUCGUCGACUAUAUACCAAGGCCAUCGAGCCCACCAUGGCUGAACUCCACGCUCAAACGUCUGCUAUGCAGAAGCGGGAGGCUCUUGGCAAGGUCUCAGAUGCCCUUGCGGCGCUCGACGCGAUCGACCCCGAGGGUUCCUACCAUCUCAUGGCAAAUCUCAUCACCUCCAUGGUCAAGGACAAUAAGCUUGACGCGGCCUUCCUGCGACAGGCCAACGUCAAGGUGGUUCCGGACGAUGGUACCCCGCAAGGUACUGUUGUGAUUAAGAAUAGCACACCAGUCAGCAACGGCACCGCCAACAUAGCUUGCAGUCCCACCAAGCUUAUACUCAGCUCCAAUAACCCGCAUCUCAAGAGCCAUCGACGCCGCCAAGGCGACUCUCCCACUCCUUCCAAAAUCAAUGAAAAGAGCUUCGAAAGAGAGAGAUCUAUGGUUGAGGAGCAGUAUCCUGGAGGCGAGGCGCGUCCAGGUAUGGAGCACUGUAAGCAGCUGGCUGAUGUUUUGUACAAUCGCUGGUCUGAUGGUCUCCGAAUCCGAUGGCCUCAGGUCUAA